AUGUUUGAGCCGUAUGGAAAGAUCCAAGAACUCCAAGUCCUCCGAAAUUUCAAUGGAACUAGUCGUCGCUGUGCCUUUCUGACUUUUUCUAGUCGAUUAGAAGCUCAAUCAGCAGUUCAAGCCUUGAAUAACACCAUGGUAAGUUCGAAUUGUUCCCAAGCCAUGGUUGUCAAGCUCGCUGAUACUCCCAAGCAGAAGGAAAAGAGAAAACUUGAGCGCCAGCUCAAGUCGUGUGCCAUGCAAUUGCAGCGUCUGUGCGCUGACGAAGACGACCUCGUUGGGAAGCUAUUGCUUCCUUCUCUCUGUAAUCUUGCUCUUUCUUCAACCAAGCUGCCCUCUUCGUCCCCGGCGCAGCAAUCUUUCCCUGUUGUACCGAUAAAUCAAGCUACUGGCUAUGCCCAAAACAAGAACGCUAUGAGAAAUGGGUGGAACAAUAAUAAUGACAAUGGCGGAUCAACAGGAAACGCCUCUGAUGAUUCUACGAAGUCGUCGAAUGAAAAUCCAACAAUUGGAGGAACUCAAUCUGGUCCUGAAGGCGCGAAUCUAUUUGUCUAUCACUUGCCAAAGCGAUUCAAUGACUCUGACUUGUAUGCAUUAUUUUCAACUAUUGGAGAGCUUAUUUCUGCGAAAGUCUAUGUAGAUCGGCAUACUCAAGAGUCCAAGUGCUUUGGAUUUGUUUCUUACAAGCAUAUCAUUGACGCCUCAGCUGCCAUCAAACGGUUCAAUACUUACCAGGUUGAUGACAAACGCCUAAAAGUCGAGAUGAAAAAGCCCCGCCAAAAAACGACCUUCAAACCGACGCCUACUCCUCCUUUCCCGAGUAACUUCUCUCCUCCCUUUAUCCCAGACGUCGGGACCAAGUCCGCGACUCCGCCCAUUUGGGGUCCUCAUAAUGUCGAGCCUCCAUUUUUCACAAGCUUGUUAGAAUAA